GGGGAGUCCGGGUUAGAGGUUGGGAGGCGGCGGGGGCGCACUGGAAAACACCAGAGCACUGGCCCGUUCUCCCUGCUCUCCUUUAUCCUUAGAGGUCGAUAGCUUUGGGGACAGCCUGGGACCCCAUGUAUGGCCACGGAGUUACGGUGUUCAGACUCCAUGCCGUGUCACAACCAGCAAGUAAGCUCCGCCUCGACCCCAAACCCCGAGCCGCAGCAACCUGGAGACCUGAUCUCGGACCUUGCAGGGGGAAACAGCGACUCCAAGGCCAAGCCGACUGUCUUCACCGGGCACGCCCAUUCUAGCGUACCGGCUGAGCCGGACCCUCAGGCCUGCGGCGGCGCCAGCCUCAACUCAGAGAGCAACGGCGGCGGUGGCAACUAUGACACACCAGCCAGCGACUCCCUCCUAGGUGACUGCGAACUCUCUCGGCAGAUCGGAGCUCAGCUUAAGCUGCUGCCUAUGAAUGAUCAGAUCCGGGAGUUGCAGACCAUCAUCCGGGACAAGACAGCCAGUAGAGGAGACUUCAUGUUUUCUGCUGAUCGUUUGAUCAGACUUGUUGUGGAAGAAGGAUUGAAUCAGCUGCCAUAUAAAGAAUGCAUGGUGACCACUCCAACAGGGUACAAGUAUGAAGGAGUGAAAUUUGAGAAGGGAAAUUGUGGGGUCAGCAUAAUGAGAAGCGGUGAGGCAAUGGAACAAGGUUUACGAGACUGCUGUCGAUCCAUUCGAAUUGGAAAGAUUCUGAUUCAGAGUGAUGAGGAGACACAAAGAGCCAAAGUAUAUUAUGCCAAGUUCCCCCCAGACAUUUACAGGAGAAAAGUCCUUCUGAUGUAUCCAAUUCUCAGCACAGGAAAUACCGUAAUUGAAGCUGUAAAGGUUCUUAUAGAACAUGGAGUUCAACCCAGUGUUAUUAUUCUACUCAGUCUGUUCUCCACUCCUCAUGGUGCCAAAUCAAUCAUUCAGGAGUUUCCAGAGAUCACAAUUUUAACUACUGAAGUUCAUCCUGUUGCACCUACACACUUUGGACAGAAAUACUUUGGAACAGACUAAAUUACUGAAGGAAAAUUAAUUGUGUAAUAUUAGUUAUGUUUUGUACUUCUACCUGUUUUACUAAUUCAUUUGAGGAAUGACAGAGAAAAUUGUGUUAAAGGCAGUGUAAUUUUUGGAAGUGGGUGUAGUAAAAAGGAAAUAUUUGAGGUUUAUUUUAUUUAGUUAUUUCUUGACUGUUUCCACCAAAUUCAGCAAUGAAGCACACACAACUCUUAGAAAAUAUUUUAGUAAUGUUUCUUAUAUAAAUUGCUCAGUGCAUUCAAAUGGUUCCCUAAUUUAUAAACCUCAGUUUAGAGGUUGCUUGCAGCCACAAAUAAAACCCAAAUAGGAGUCAGUUCGUUAGUCCACUAUAGUUUGCAUUUUGUUUAGUUUGCUUUUAGUUCUAAGUGGAUUUCAUGUAUGUGGCUGUUGUCACCUUCUUCUACUCUUUACUUCCUAGUACUGUACAUAAUGGUAACUUGGAAAGGAUGAAAAAUGAAUGCCUCCUAGAAUUUUACAUCUCUGUUAAUAUCCUCACUCAAUUAGCAGACCCAGUAUAUAUGGUUAGCUUUUCAGUUAAGCCAUUAUGUUCUUCAUGGCUCAUUUCUUACCCUGUGCAUUGUUGGUAGGUGCCUUGUCAAGUGUAAUGCAGUGAAGGUGGUGGGGCAUUUCCAGCAACUGGAACUGUAACAUUAAUUUACAUAGGUUGAACCAGGGAUGUCUGAAUGCUGAUAAGGGAGAGCUAAAUACUCUUAAUGCCAUCAGUCAGUGCCCUAGAAAUGAAGUGAUGGUGGUUUUUCUGAGGUAUAAGGGAAAGGAUGGUUUCUUGCUGAGUUUAUGGUCAAUAAGUAAAUUAAAAUGCUUCAUUUUUGAUUUAGAUGUUUCUAAUAGAGGCCUUUGAUUUGGAACUUAGUUAUUUUGCAUGCUUGUCAAUUAUAGAUGUAUUAAAAUGGGAAAAAAUACCAUGAUAUUUUUAAAAAUCCCUAAGACUUAUAUUUGUUCAUAUUUAGGCUUCUGAAAGGAAGGUAAGUCAUUUUAGAAAUCGAUGUUCAUGCUCAGAAACUUGCUUGUAAAACCCUGGCCUCAUUUUACAUUGAUAUUAAAACGUUUUAAUGAUG